AUGGCAGCCGCAACCCGUAGCGCCUCUGGCUGGGCGCUACUGCUGCUGGUGGCACUUUGGCAGGAGCGCGCGGCCGGCUCGGGAGUCUUCCAGCUGCAGCUGCAGGAGUUUGCCAACGAGCGCGGCGUACUCGCCAGCGGGCGGCCGUGCGAACCCGGCUGCCGGACCUUCUUCCGUGUCUGCCUUAAGCACUUCCAGGCGGUCUUCUCUCCCGGGCCCUGUACCUUCGGCAGCGUCUCCACGCCUGUGCUGGGCACCAACUCCUUCGCCGUCGGCGACGACAGUAGCGGCGGGGGACGCAACCCUCUCCAACUGCCCUUCAAUUUCACCUGGCCGGGUACCUUCUCACUCAUCAUUGAAGCUUGGCACGCGCCAGGAGACGACCUGCGGCCAGAGGCCUUGCCACCAGACGCGCUCAUCAGCAAGAUCACCAUCCAGGGCUCCCUAGCUGUGGGCCAGAACUGGUUACCGGAUGAGCAGACCAGCCCUCUCACAAGGCUGCGCUACUCUUACCGGGUCAUCUGCAGUGACAACUACUAUGGGGACAGCUGCUCACGGCUAUGCAAGAAGCGCAAUGACCACUUCGGCCACUACGUGUGCCAGCCAGAUGGCAGCCUGUCCUGCCUGCCCGGCUGGACUGGGGAGUACUGCGAACAGCCUGUCUGUCUUUCGGGCUGUCAUGAACAGAAUGGCUACUGCAGCAAGCCAGCAGAGUGCAUCUGCCGCCCAGGCUGGCAGGGCCGCCUGUGCAAUGAAUGCAUACCCCACAACGGCUGUCGCCAUGGCACCUGCAGCACCCCCUGGCAAUGCACUUGUGAUGAGGGGUGGGGAGGCCUAUUCUGUGACCAAGAUCUCAACUACUGCACCCAUCAUUCCCCGUGCAAGAAUGGGGCGACGUGCUCCAACAGUGGGCAGCGGAGCUAUACCUGCACCUGUCGCCCAGGCUACACUGGCGUGGACUGUGAGCUGGAGCUCAGCGAGUGUGACAGCAACCCCUGUCGCAAUGGAGGCAGCUGUAAGGACCAGGAGGACAGCUACCGCUGCCUGUGUCCCCCGGGCUACUAUGGCCUGCACUGCGAACACAGCACCUUGAGUUGUGCUGACUCUCCCUGCUUCAAUGGGGGCUCCUGUCGGGAGCGCAACCAGGGGACCAGCUAUGCCUGUGAAUGUCCCCCCAACUUCACUGGCUCCAACUGCGAGAAGAAAGUGGACAGGUGUACCAGCAAUCCGUGUGCCAAUGGGGGCCAGUGCCUGAACCGAGGUCCAAACCGCAUGUGCCGCUGCCGUCCUGGAUUCACAGGCGCCCACUGUGAAAUCCACAUCAGCGACUGUGCCCGCAGCCCUUGUGUCCACGGCGGCACUUGCCGCAACCUGGAGAACGGGUUCGCGUGCACCUGCCCUGCUGGCUUCUCUGGCCGGCGCUGCGAGGUGCGGAUGCCCACCGACGCUUGUGCCUCGGGACCCUGCUUCAAUGGGGCCACCUGCUACGCCAGCCUCCCCCCGGACAACUUCGUCUGCAACUGCCCCUACGGCUUUGUGGGCAGCCGCUGCGAGUUCCCCAUGAGCAUGCCCCCCAGCUUCCCCUGGGUGGCCGUCUCCCUGGGCGUGGGACUGGUGGUGCUGCUGGUGCUGCUGUGCAUGGUGGCAGUGGCAGUGCGGCAGCUGCGGCUCAGGCGGCCCGACGACGGCAGCAGGGAGGCCAUGAACAACCUGUCGGACUUCCAGAAGGACAACCUGAUCCCCGCCGCCCAGCUCAAGAACACAAACCAGAAGAAGGAGCUGGAAGUGGACUGUGGCCUGGACAAGUCCAACUGUGGCAAACAACAGAACCACACACUGGACUAUAAUCUGGCCCCAGGACCCCUGGGGCGGGGGAUCCUGCCCGGGAAGUAUCCCCACAGUGACAAGAGCUUAGGGGAGAAGGCGCCACUGCGGAUACACAGUGAAAAGCCAGAGUGUCGGAUAUCAGCGAUAUGCUCCCCCAGGGACUCCAUGUACCAGUCUGUGUGUUUGAUAUCAGAAGAGAGGAACGAAUGUGUCAUUGCCACAGAGCUGGGCAAGAGAGCUGGCUCUGGGCGCCUGGUCUGCCCGGAGCUGCUAGAGUUGGUUGAAGACUGGCGCACAGCACAGCCGGAUCCCGGCGGGCCUGGAACCCCCAGCGGCGGCGGAAGAGGCAAGUGCGACGCGCUGGCCCGGGUCAGCCCUCCACCUGCCGUCGCCCCGGGCGCCCCGGAGGUCCCGCGGCUCCCCGCGCCCCGCACCCCCACCCCGGGCUCUUUGUUACAGCCCGACUUCCUGUUUGCGGCCUCCCGACCCCGGCUCACUUCCCGGGCCGGGAAGCCACCGAAGGCCGCGAGUUUCUCGGAGACUCCGCGCCCGCUCGGCUCCGCCUCCUGCAACCCCGAAUCCCACCCACGGCCUGGGAUCCCGCGCCGGGCCGCUGCCGCGGGAAGCCGGCGUAGCUGGCGGGCCUGCGGGCGGGACCGCCCGGGCCCCAUUGCCCAGCACCAGGGGGCGCUGCGCGGCCGCGGGGCUGCUCCCGGACCGGGACCGCCGUCACCCCGCAAGGCACGGGGUCAGCCCUUCUUGGCCCUGGGGGCCACCGGGACGAUCCGGAGAGGGAGCAGCCGGACGCGAGUUCAGUGA